AUGUCCAUACUCAUCACCGGAGCCAGCGGCUACGUUGGGCAAGAACUCGCCGCAGCCCUCCUCACCACCCUCCCUUCAUCGACAGUAACACUCACAGACGUUGUUCUCCCCACGGUCCCCAAGAGCGCAGCCCAACAUGCCUCCCGCACACAAUGCAUCGAAGCAGACCUGACGAACCCAAGCGUAGUCGACAGCCUCAUCACCUCCACCAACCGCUAUGACACCAUCUACCUCCUCCACGGCAUCAUGUCCAGUGGAUCUGAAGCGAACUUCGAACUAGGCAUGCGCGUCAACCUCGACGCAACCCGCUACAUCCUCGACCGCCUCCGCACCGUCACACCCGGCGUCAAAGUCGUCUUUACCUCCAGUCUAGCAGUAUACGGCCUCGCACCACCAGGCUAUAUCAUUAACGAGAGCAACUUCCCCGCCGUGCCGUCCUCGUCGUACGGAUCUCAGAAACUCAUCAUCGAGACGCUGCUGAAUGAUUACUCCCGUCGCGGGUUCCUGGAUGGUCGUGCCGUCCGUCUCCCCACUGUUACUGUGAGGGCGGGUAAGCCGACACAGGCGGCGAGUAGCUUCGCGAGUGAUAUUAUUCGGGAGCCGUUUAAUGGCCGGCCUGCGGUGUUGCCGGUUGCUAAGGAGACGGAGAUGUGGAUUUGUUCGCCGGCGACGGUGGUGAGGAAUUUGGUUAAGGCGAGGGAGAUCCCGGCGGAGAAGUUUGGAGAUUCGAGAUCAGUCAACUUGCCUGGGUUGAAGGUUAGUAUUGCGGAGAUGCUGGAUGCGUUGGAGAGUAUUGGGGGGAAGGAGAGGAGAGGGUUGGUGGAGGAGAGGUAUGAUGCGGAUAUUGAUCGGAUUGUGCAGACGUGGACGCCCAAUUUUGAUACCAAGAGGGCGUUGGAGUUGGGGUUUGUGGGGGACGUAUCAAUGAGGGAGAAUGUGGAGAUGUAUGCGAAGAGUUUGGGGAGUGAGUAG